CCCAAUAGUCUUUACAUCAACCAUAAAGAUCACCUAAGAAUAUCUCUAUACUGUCCAGAGACUGACGUGGUGUUCCUUUAGCAGGAAGCGGACUAGACUCGAGCCUUUCCCCGACGCGUUAAGCGGUUCCGUCCAUUACGGUAGCUUUCCUUUCAACGCCGCAGCUUAGCUCUGCCCUGACAACUAUUCCCAAUCGGCAACUUAAUUAUAUGGCCGAUUCGACUUAUUGUUGAAGUUUCCCUGUGUCCGAUGUAUUAUAUUCGUCUCUGAUCUAGUUUUUUUCAUCGAUUGAAAAAAGAGUGACUCGAGGAGCAAGUCAAGUCUAGACAACAGACAAUGUUCUCGCUACCUCUAAUCACACCCCGCGAUUCCCACGAGCUCUGGUUCGGCUCUUCGCAAACUCCUCCACACCGCUCCUCCGCAUCUCAGAACCAACUGAAUCCCUCCGAUCCUCACCAGUCGUCUUCGCGUCGAUAUCACCAAGGAAACGGACACCUGCCGAGCGGUCGCACGUUAAUUUCAUCUACUGCGCCGUCAAAUACACUUGCGGCACUACAGCUGGAAGAACGCGCGUUGCGCGCACGAAAGCAGAAUAUAGCAUCGUUCGGAUACGCGUGGAUCAAACCGGCAGGAUGUGCGAAGACUAUGCUGGGGAUGAGGGAGGAGGAGGCGGAGAGAGAGGAAGGGUUACUUGCGGCUGCGGCGGAGAUGGCUGGUGCGGGGGGGGAUUUGUCGACUAUGGGGAUUGUGGAUGAGUUUGGGAGGCCGCAGGGUCAGGAGGGAGAUAAUACUGGUGGUGUGGAUGAUCAGAUGUUGGAGAGGGAUUUGGAUGAUGAUAUUCCUGAUGCGGAUGCGGAUGGGCUUGUGGAGGAGGGAGAGGAGGGGUUGGAGGAAGAUGAGGAUGGUGAGGAAGGGUUGAUGGAGAGGGAUUUGGAUGAUGAUAUUCCUGAGGCGUUUCCGGAGGAUGAUGAUGACGAUGAUGAUGAAGAGGAGGAGGAGGAGAAUGAAGAAGAAGAUGACGAUUUUGAUAACCAGCCGGAUCUGGAUGAUGAUAUUCCCGCGGCAGAAGACGAGGGGGGUUCGCUUAUGGUCCGCGAUUUGGACGAUGAUAUUCCUGAGGCGGAAGAAGGUAGUGAACAGGGAGAAGAAUGGCAGCAUACCGACACGGAAGCUGAAGACGACGACGACGAUGAUGAUGAUGAGCACGAUCCCUUCUCUGAACAACUUUUCAGGACCAGUACUUCCAGCGGUCGAGGACUCCCGCCGCAACCGCCGCCUAUUCGACGAGAGACUGAAGCUCAGCGACGCUUCUUGAACCGUUGGAGCGGUGGCGCAGACGCGUUUGACACGAGCGGAAUGACGCUCGAAGACGAGGAGGACCUCCGUGCUUCAAUAGCCAGCCAGACCAGUCGACGGAAUAGCGCCUACAGAAGACGAUUCACGAGACAAAGGGGAGGUCCAAGGGAUAGUCUUGAGUAAGUGAAGUCUGGAGAUCUGGGGUUCAAAACUUGAUCGACGUCGACGAUACAUUUGGCUACGAGUCCCCAUGUGAUUAUUUGUUUCGGGCCUUAUUAUUGUAUAUAUCUAUGGUUUACCUAUGAGAAGCGUGCAUGUUAGGAGUUAGGUCGGAUACGGAAAGGGAACAAACGGUGGGGGUGGAGUUGAAUAUGUAUAUAAUACAGUUUACGGACUUGCUGGAAUGAAUUUCACGCGGAUAAUCGCUCAAUUGAAUUAGAAAGGA